AUGCACCCUUUUGUGAUUACGUGGUGGAACAACAAUGAGUCCGGGGAGAUGGAAUCAUUCACGCUGCUCGUGAAACCGCGUUCAGGAUUCACCAACAGGCUGAAGAUGCUACCUAGCACUCGUUAUCGAGUGUGGAUUGACGGUCCAUACGGGCCGGAUCGAGACCUUGGCACACCCAUAUCUGACUAUGGUCAUAUCUUCAUGGUUGCCACCGGAAUUGGUAUUGGGGCUCAGAUCCCUUACAUCAAACAACUCUUGGAGGGCUAUCGGCGCGGAGUUGUACGGACUCAAAAAAUUGUCCUGAUAUGGCAGAUGGACUUGGAAGCGGAUUACGAUGACGUACAGGAUUGGCUGCAAGAGCUUGUCUCUGAGGACAGCGGAUAUCAUUUUCGAGUACGCAUAUUCAACCCUUCUCUACGAUCAUCUCAAGAUCCGCAUGACGUUGGUCAGCACGAGUUGAUCAAAAUCUGGGGAGGGAAUGUCGAUUGGCGAGAGGAACUGCGCGAAGAACUGCAAAAGCAGGUGGGCAAUAUGCUGAUAACAGUGUCUGCAAACGCGGGUGUUCGUGACGUUUUUCGGAGAAUGGCUCGAAAGCAUCAAUCGGUGGACCUGCUGGAGCUGGAGUUCCAGCCGUGGGAGUGGAAGCGUAGCUUUUGGUCGUAUUUUUGA